GAAAAAUCCCCAUAAAGAGUAGAAUCAUGAGGAACUUGCUGUAGAAGUUCUCCCUGAGCCUCAGUGUUCACUCUGGCAGAAGGUCCAGUGUUUACUCUUGUUACUUGAAGCUGUGGAACACACCAGAAGCCUGAUCAGGUGGUAUUGACAUAAAAAUGGAUUCUACUUCUCAUGAGUUACCAGUGAAGACUCUGGAGCGCAUUGCCUCUCAACUUGGAUGCAGUCUGACAGAUGAGAAACUUGCUUUGUACUUGGAUGAACAGGAUGAGCUAAAGCACUUCCGAGAAUGUUUCCAUGUUCCAAAAAUGAAGGAUCUGCCUUUAAUCGAUAUAUCUUUAGUAAAUAAAGAUGAAAAUUCCAUCUACUUGUUGGGAAAUUCUCUUGGCCUUCAACCAAGAAAGGUUAAAACAUACCUGGAAGAAGAAAUUGAAAAGUGGGCCAAAAUGGGAAGUUAUGGUCAUGAAAUAGGAAAACGUCCUUGGAUUACAGGAGAUGAGUGCAUUGCUCACCUUAUGAAUAACAUUGUAGGAGCUCAUAAGGAUGAAAUAGCCCUAAUGAAUGGCCUGACAGUUAAUUUGCAUCUCCUACUGUUAUCGUUUUUUAAGCCUACACCAACACGAUUUAAAAUUCUUCUAGAAGCCAAAGCUUUUCCUUCUGACCAUUAUGCAAUAGAGUCACAACUGCAGCUUCAUGGGCUAGAUGUGGAGAAAAGUAUGCUGAUGAUAAAACCAAGACAGGGAGAGGACACCUUGAGAAUGGAAGAUAUCCUUGAAGUAAUUGAAAAAGAAGGAGACUCUAUUGCUGUGAUCUUGUUCAGUGGAGUUCAGUUCUACACAGGGCAACUGUUUGAUAUACCUGCAAUCACAAAAGCGGGACAAGCAAAGGGUUGUUUUGUUGGCUUCGAUCUGGCCCACGCAGUUGGUAAUGUUGAGCUUCACUUACAUGACUGGGGAGUAGAUUUUGCCUGCUGGUGUUCAUACAAGUAUUUAAAUUCAGGAGCAGGAGCCCUCGCUGGUGCCUUCAUUCAUGAAAAGCAUGCACAUACAAUGAAACCAGCGUUAGUAGGCUGGUUUGGUCACAAACUUGAGAGUAGAUUUAAUAUGGAUAACAAGUUGGAUUUAAUUCCUGGUGUCAAUGGAUAUCGACUAUCAAAUCCCCCUAUUUUGUUGGUUUGUGCUUUAGAAGCUAGCUUAGAGAUCUUUAAUCAAACAACAAUGGAAACAUUAAGGAAAAAAUCUAUUUUGCUUACUGGUUAUAUGGAGUACCUGAUCAAGCAUUACUACAGUAAAGAUAAAGCAGCUCCAAAUAAACCAUUUGUCAAAAUAAUGACUCCCUCACAUAUAGAGCAUCGAGGAUGCCAGCUAACACUAACCUUUUCCAUUCCAAUGAAAAGUGUUUUUCAAGAACUAGAAAAGAGAGGUGUGAUCUGUGACACACGGGAACCAAGUGGUAUCCGAGUGGCUCCAGUUCCUCUCUACAAUUCUUUCCAUGAUGUUUACAGAUUUAUUAAUGUUCUUGCCUCUGCAAUUUCUGCUGCAAAACUAAAAUGAACAAAUCUAUUUUUAGCUCAACAAGCCUAAUUAUAUUAGCGUCUCUGCUGUCACUUCCUGGCUAUUUCUGAUUCCAGCAAUGUAGUCCUUCAGAGGUAAUGGUGUUAUAUAAAGCCAAUCAUGUGGAAAAGAAAAAAAAUGUAUUGGGAUUUUUGUAGAAGCUCUUUGUCAUUCUUCUUUGGAGAGUUAAUGUGCUUGCUCAAUUUAUUGGGCCAGGGAGAGGUUAACUAUUAUCAUUUUGUUUAAAAUAAACUUUUGCAUUGUCUAUAAGUCACAUGAUCAUUUUACAUUCAGUAAAAUAUUGUGAGUUGAUUUCAAAUACAAGCUGAGGGAUAAUUUCAGAUUUUUUUAAAAAUCACCAACUUCAAUGAUAACUGUAGAACUUUUAUUUCAGAAGUAUUAUUUUAGUUCCAGUUUACCGGAGGGGUAAUGUUCUGAAUGUCUUUUAAUAGCAUUGAUAUAUACCCAAGCACUUUAGCAAUAGCCCUCCUAGUUUCAAACUAAGUAAAAGGAAGUAUGUUUUCCACUAUAUGCCCUUAUCUCUGUAAUACCUUUUCUUUCAUUGCUCAUACUGUGCAAUUCUGCCUUUUAACUUGAUCAUCUCUUGACCUCAGUGUCCAGAAAGGACAUGAACAUAAUUGCAAGUUCAUUUUUCCCUUUCAGUAUCUAUUCCACUCUAUCCUAAAAAUGUGUUUUGAGUUGAAAAGCAAGAAAGGAAUCAAGGGAGGGAGUAAGAAAGAAGCCUGAAAUGUUUCGGGCCAAAAUUGUGGAGGCUGGGAAACAAGCAUACUCUUGCUCUAUGAUUCCCGAGCACUGUGCUCCAAAUACAUUAACUUCUUCAGAGCUUCUCCUGGGUAAUUGCCUCUGAUUCCUAUAUCUAGUGUACAGUGCUGGAUGCCAUAAUUAUUUUUUUAUGGAUGUUGAAGAAUACUUCAUAUCCAUGGACAGCAGCAAGAAGGUAGGGAAGAGUGGAAGAAACAAUGGUCUGGAAUGCAUCCUCACAGGUCCUAUUUAAACAAGCUUACCUGCACUGUUCUUUUGACUCAGAAGGGAAACAAUUCUUAGAAGCAAUCAGUGAAGAGAAACAGGCUCUGACUAGGUACUUGACUGAACAGUAGCUUUUGAAACCAUUUCCACUAUAACUUUGGAUUAAAAUGAUAUCACUGAGGUCAGAAGAGUCUUUAGAACAUGCAAAUGUGGCUUUCAAGGUAGUACUCACUGGGCAAUUGGCUACCUCACACUACUCUAUAUAAUUUCUUAUAUAUUUUAAUAUUGGACAUUUUUCAUUCCUUCAUAGGACAGAAAUGUUGUUUUCAGUUUUAGUAUUGAUUGGGGGCGGGGGUGGGGCAUUGUUAGGGAUGAGACUUAACAUUUCUUUUCAGAGAAUUCUCAGCAUAGAAGCUCAUUUUCCUGAUACAAAGUAGUCUUUCAUCCAUACCAUUUAGUCUUAGAAUUGCCAAACAAGAGAUUGUUACUUAUUCAGAAUUACAGAUAGAAUUUGUCAAAGGCAGAAAUUGAAUCCAUGAUUCUAAAUUGAAAUCUCUAACUCAAAUCCAUGAUCCUAAAUACACUGUACCAGACUGCCUCUCAUAUCUAUACAUAUAUUACAUAUGUAUGUAUGUAUGUGUGUGUGUGUGUGUGUGCACUAAUGUGGUGUAUGGGGGGGGAUAACAUGAUGAAAUAUAAAGUCAACACAAAGGCAUAGGAAGAACUCAAAAUAUGAAGGAUCCUAGGAUUUAGAGAUUCAACUGAGUAUAGAACAGUCAUCUAAUGCAGCUUCUUCAUUCUAUAGAAGAGAAACUGAUGGCCAGAGACAUCAAGUGAUUUGCUCAAUCUUAUAAAUUCAAUAUAAGGUUCUAUGACUACAUUGGGUAUAGUUUACAAAUGUCUAUUGAAUGGAUGAAUGAAAAUGUAUUAUACAGGUCCCCGAUUUCUUAAAGUCUAAGUUGGUACUUCAAUGACAUUUGAAGCAUAUUUUACUAAACAUAGUCUACUUUUAAAAACAUAAAUCUUUUCCUGUUGAUAAGGAGCAUGUUUAUAUACUUUCAUUAAUAUGGUAUGUUGUAAUAGUGUUAUCAAUAGGGACUGUUCAUGUGUAGUAUUAUACAUGUGUAAUGAUCCCAGUAUACUGUGCUAUUUCAAACAGUAGUUCUUCUAUUGACCUCUAUCAUUUCUGUUCUUAAUAUACCCUCAUUCUAUCCUAUUUUACACAUAGAUAUCUAAGUAAAAGCCAAAAAAGGCUCCAUUUUU